AUGCAGGUAUUACCAAUCCUAUUCGCGGUUAUCUCAUUUGCCGGUGCGCAAGAGUUUCCAAUAUGGAAUACGGCUUAUGGAUAUCUAACGAGGUUUGGUAUACCGGAAGCGGAGCGUAUCUUUAGAGCGGAAGAGAAAAUAUUGACAGAGAGUAAAGUGAAUAGGAUUUCUGGUGGUGUUCCCGCUGUUGUUGGGCAGUAUCCCUAUCAGGCUGGCAUUAUUUCUGAUAUCGUAGACAUCAAAGCACGAGGUAUGUGCGGUGGAUCCCUUAUCAGUGCUAACAAAGUACUAACAGCAGCGCACUGCUGGUACGACGGCAAGAACCAAGCAUGGAGGUUCACAGUGGUUUUAGGAUCUGUGUUCAUAUUUCAAGGGGGUGUAAGAGUUCAGACCACUGAUGUAAAAAUUCAUCCACAAUGGUCGCCCUUGUUAGUACGUAAUGAUGUAGCAGUUGCUACUCUGCCGGAACCAGUGCAAAUUUCAGAUACCAUAGCUCCCAUUGCUCUACCGAGUGAAGAGGAGUCUCGAGAAUCUUUCGUUGGCACGUCAGCUAUUGCAACGGGCUUUGGAAUCACUAAUACUGGGGAAAAAGUCACGGAGAGCCAAACUCUGAACAGCGUCCGACUACGAGUAAUCUCUAAUAAGUUAUGCUCUCUUGCAUUCCCAUUCGUUAUCCAGAACUCGCACCUUUGCACCAGCGGACUUGGAGGACAUAGCACCUGCGGUGGGGACUCCGGCGGUCCUUUAGUAGCUGAAGCGAGUGGCAAACGAGUUCUGAUUGGAAUAACAUCCUUCGGCUCCGCCUUCGGUUGUCAGAUUGGUAUGCCUGCUGCUUACACUCGAGUUUCAUCAUUCCUGAGUUUUAUAAGUGAAAAUAUAAGUGAAUAA